AAAUAUUGUGCAAGUUAAAAAUUAUUUUUGCUGUAAUAUAACUAUAUUGUAGCACGGUAGUAUGUGCAUUCCUUGCAUCACUUAUUGUUUGGAGUCCAUAGGAAUAUUUGUUUAGCCGUUUCUAUUUGGAAUGGUAGUGCCUAUCGUUUGUCCUGACAAUUUUUUUUGUAUUCAAAUUAUGAUAACAGUCGUAAAUACGGAUGAUAUAAAUAUGAAGUUGCCUAUCUGAGAGACAACAUUAAGCACAAGCCAAAAUGACGAGGACGACGACGUCGACGACGCCUAAACCAGCACCAUCAGCAAUACCAACAAAAACCACCAUAUUAUCAACUGUAUAUACAACCCUUAACACAACAGCUUCGAUAAGGCCAACACCAGAAGAAGCAGAAUUAAGUAAGAGCACAGUGAUUGGUGCUAUUAUUGGUGUAGUGAUUGUAACCAGUGCCAUCAUUAUUUUACUUUAUUAUUUCACCAAAUAUAGGAAUAAUAGAUUUACUUUUUGUCGAAAUCUCAAACGACGAACUUGGUCUACGGGAUCUAACUACAGUCAACACAACCCACUAGAACCAGACGAAACUGGUACCAGUGAUCCUCCUCCUAGGACAGAGAGACAGUUGUUUUCUAUCUCAGACCAGCCGGAUGACGAUGGAUAUUUGUAUGAUGAGAUUUUUGAUGCUUCAGAAUUUACUGAUGAAAAGACAAAAAGGUCUAUAAAAAAUUUGUAUACAGCAACACGUACACAUGAAGAUCAUAUUCCAGAUCUGAAUCUCAGAAUUUAAAUGCUCAGAACUUUUUUUUUAAAUAUUUCUAAAUGAAAAUAUUUUAUGAAUAAAUGAGCGCUGUUCCUGCUUAACGGCAGAGCGAGUUCCAUUAUGGUGAAUGGCAGUUAUAUUCAAAAACAAUGUUUUAAAACGGCUUACAACCUUCAAGUUCAUAAAUUGUUUACUUAC